AUGCCAGACACUUCCUCAGAGCUGGAAAUAUGGAAAACGUUUAGGAGCUGGGCCAAAUCUAACGGUGCAUUCAUUCAUCCAUCACUUACAUUCGUUCCCGGGACCCGGGGCACCUCUGUGAUGACAACUGCUGAGAUACCAACAAACACCACUGUACUAUCAUGCCCAUUCGAUCUUGCGAUCACGUAUGAUCUUGGAAUCGGCGUCUUCAAAGCAUGUAUAUGGGAGGCUGCCAAAAUCGACAGCCUAAGCGAGCGUCAGAUAGUUUGCGCCUACAUCGUUCUGCACUGGCUAGAACGUUGGUCACGUACAGCGUCCCAUUUCCGACAUCAAGCUUAUCUCGACACACUACCGCAUCCCGACCAGUUACGGACGCCGUUACAGUUCACACCCCCAGAAUUCGAGCUCCUCAAGGGGACAAAUCUGUACGGCGCGACAGAAGAUCGCCGCAAGGAAUGGUCAACUGAAUGGCGAGAAGUGCGCGAUAUUCUGGCAGAUGCCGAUAAAAUAUGGGCCGAAGGGUUUACGUGGGAUCGAUACUUGGUUGCUGCUACUUACUUGUCUUCAAGGGCUUUUCCUUCCUCACUUCUUUCACCAGCUCCGACCGCUCAGGCGACUUCGGAGGAUUCGUAUCCUGUCCUGCUUCCAGUUCUAGACUGUCUCAAUCACACACGAGGACUUCCUGUGACAUGGCAAGUCACGUCCUCGCCUCCAACUACCGCGAACGGCCAAAGCAACAUCAACCGAUCCCCGCUUCAUAUAGCCUUGUUACUUCGCUCCACUACGCCAGCAAGAAGCGAAGUAUUUAAUAACUACGGCCCAAAGCCAAAUUCUGAACUCCUACUCGGUUACGGAUUCGUUAUCAAGUCGAAUCCAGAAGACACCAUCGUCCUCAAGCUCGGCGGAAGCGAGAAGAGACACGAGAUCAGCCGGGAUAUAGAUCACAGCGUGCAAGGCGGCCCAAUAAGCGAACUAUGGAAAGAAGUUGAGACAAUGGUUUUGUUUAGUGGGGAGGACGAUGCCUCGGUGACUUCACUUGAAGGCGGGUGGGAAGUCACCCUAGAAGUAUGCGAGGCGCUCGAAGACAUGCUCAGCCGGAAGAUGGAAGCACUACCGGACGCGGAAGCGAUCUCGAAGAUCACAGAGCCAUCCAUACGACAGGACGUUCGCGAUAUGAUCGUAGAAUAUGUCCAAGGCCAAAGGGAUAUACUCAAGUGUCUCUGGGACUACGUGGAAGAACGCAAGAGGGAAGCCAUUGAGCUAGCACGCGCCUCUGGGUUAGAAGUGCAGGAGGUAUUGGAGGAAGAUUUGGAGGAAGACAUGGGAAACACAUCGUCCUGA